UUUGGGACUCACAGAGGAUACAAGCUCACAUCGCACACACCAGACCUCCACCUCACACACUCAGGCUGGACUAACAUCUGGACAUCAUCCAGCUGUUGUUGGCUCGUCUGUCGCCCGCCGGUCCCGUUUUCUCCCGCCUAACUGCCUGUGCGGCGCCAUGAAGAUGUCAGUGUGGUUCGUGCUGGUGCUGCUGCCGUGUUUCUUCAAGCCCGGAAGCUGCGACUGCCAGGGCGACUGCGUGGCCUGUGGACUGCUCCUGAAGCAGCAGGCCUUCAACACCAUGGUGUGUUUGCUGGAGUGCACAGGUCACAUGACCUCCUCGCUCACCUGGGAUCUUUGCAAGCUCGAAGGCACAGCGGGCGAGCUGGACGUGACGUCUCUACACGCCGACUCUGAAGGCCCGGCGCCAUCUUCGCAGGAGGCGGACCAGGACGAGCGGCGCUUCGUUCGCUUUGACUCGUCGCUGAUGGAGUCCUCGCGGGAGGAAGAGGAGGAGGAGGAUGAGGAAGAGGAGGAGGGUCAGGACGACGGGAACGUGGCGAGCGAUCGCCACCGGAGCUCGGAGACCGUCAGCUUGUACAAACGCUUCGGUGGUUUCCAGAGGGGCCGCCACAGUUACAGGAAGCUGAUUGGCUCCCCGGCGAGGCACCUACAGAAGCGCUACGGCGGCUUCAUAGGCGUCCGCAAAUCUGCCCGAAAAUGGAACAGUCAGAAACGAGUGAACCAGCUGCUCAGGCAGUAUCUUGGAAUGAGGAGCAGUCGUAACUUCUCCCCCAGCGCACGAGUCUGGCGCCACAACAAACUGUGACCUUCGAUACCUCCAAUGUUCACGUGGCAACUGUGACCUCAUCAACAUGUACAAUAUGACCUCAUCAUCAUGUACAGUAUGUCUUCAUCAACACGUACAGUAUGACCUCAUCAUCAUGUACAGUACCACCUCAUCAACACGUACAUUACGUCUUCAUCUACAUGUACAUUACGUCUUCAUCUACAUGUACAUUACAUCUUAAUCAACACGUACAAUAUGUCAUAAUCAACACGUAUAUUACGUAUUAAUCAACACGUACAUUACGUCAUAAUCAACACGUACAAUAUGUCAUAAUCAACACGUACAUUACGUAUUAAUUAACACGUACAUUACGUAUUAAUCAACACGUACAUUACGUCAUAAUCAACACGUACAUUACGUCAUAAUCAACACGUACAAUAUGUCAUAAUCAACACGUACAUUACGUAUUAAUCAACACGUACAUUACGUCAUAAUCAACACGUACACUACGUCUUAAUCAACACGUACACUACUUUGUCAUCAACACGUACACUACAUCUUCAUCAACACGUACACUACGUUGUCAUGAACACGUACAUUACGUUUUCAUCAACAUGUACAUUAAGUCUUAAUCAAUACGUACAAAACGUCUUCAUCAACACGUACAUUACGUCUUAGUCAACACGUACGAUUUGUCGUCAUCAGCUCGUACAUUACGUCUUAAUCAACACGUACAUUACGUCUUAAUCAACACGUACAUUACGUCAUAAUCAACACGUACAUUACGUCGUCAUCAACACGUACAUUACGUCUUUUUCAACACGUACAUUACGUCUUAAUCAACACGUACAUUACGUCUUAAUUAAAAUGUACAUCACGUCAUAAUCAACACGUACAUUACGUCUUAAUCAACACGUACAUUAUGUCUUAAUCAACACUUAAAUUACGUCUUAAUCAACGCGUAAAUUACGUCUUAAUCAAUACGUAAAUUACGUCUUAAUCAAUAGGUACAUUACGUCAUAAUCAACACGUACAUUACGUCGUCAUCAACAUGUACAUUACGUCUUCAUCAACAUGUACAUUACAUCUUAGUCAACACGUACAAUUUGCGUCAUCAGCUCGUACAUUACGUCUUAACACGUACAUUACGUCUUAAUCAACACGUACAUUACGUCUUUUUUAACACGUACAUUACGUCGUCAUCAAUACGUACAUUACGUCGUCAUCAACACGUAAAAUAUGUGGUCAUCAACACAUACAUUACGCCUUCAUCAACACGUACAUUACAUCGUCAUCAACACGUACAUUAAGUCUUAUUCAACACGUAAAUUACGUCGUCAUCAACACGUACAUUACGUCGUCAUCAACACGUACAUUACGUCGUCAUCAACACGUACAUUACGUCUUCAUCGACACGUACAUUACGUCUUCAUCAACACGUACAUUACGUCUUAAUCAACACGUACAUUACGUCGUCAUCAACACGUACAUUACGUCGUCAUCAACACGUACAUUAGGUCGUCAUCAACACGUACAUUACGUCUUCAUCAACACGUACAUUACAUCAUAAUCAACACGUACAAUAUGUUGUCAUCAACACGUACAGCACGUCCGCAUCAGAACAACAAUAAAAGAAUUAGACAAAUGCAA